UGCUGGUCAGUGAUAAUCCAUCUCAAUCCAAAACAAAGUUGUAUUUUUUUUUAGAAGUUAUGUUUGUAUGUUAACGAACCCGCAUUAUUUUUUGACUUAUAAUUGAUGACCAAGUCGGAGUGCUUGUAAUUGAUUACUUUUGAUCACAUGGCUAUCUGUAUAUAGUCUUAAUUCAAUUAAUGAUGAGUGGGAGCAUUCUUCUUGAUGGAGAAGAUGAAUUCUGUUUCCCAAUACACCAAGAUGAUCUCAACCCCAAUGAAACAAAAGAGAAAAUGGAUGUCCAGCUACCGCCAGUAAAGGAAUCUGUAAACGCUGACACAUCCACAGAGGUGAACCAAAUGAUAGACACAGAAACAAACCAAGAAAGAGACUCCCAAACAAACCCAUGGCCAAAUAUGGAAACAAACCCAGAUGCAGACGAAAAAUUAAAGUCAGACAUAGAAACAAACCAAGAGGCAGACACAAAAUCAAACCCACAAACAAAUACAGGAUUAAACCUAGAGACAGGGGGAAUACUGAACAAUGGGAACCUUUUUAUUUGUAACUUGUGCAGCAAAGAAUUACAAGAUCCAAGACAGCUCUCCUGCUAUCAUACAUUUUGUGCCAAUUGUCUACGAGGAAAAGCUAUGCAUGGAUGUUUGACAUGUCCUGAGUGCAGACAACAGACUGUACUCCCUCCUGACUCGCUCCUCCCAGAUCCUGAUGCUCUUAUUGUCUUUUUGAUGAAAUCAUUGGAUGAAACGUACCAGGCUGCAUGUUCAAACUGUGAAAACUUUGUUGAUUUCAUGUUCUAUUGUCUGACCUGCAAGCAACCUUUGUGCCAACUCUGCCGGCAGGAGACCCAUCGGGCAAAGAUGUUCUCCACGCACGAUAUUGUAAAACUUGGUAAACAUAUGCAAGAUGUGCACAAAGUGUGCAGUGAGCACAAUGAAGAAUACAUGAUGUACUGUACCACUAGAAAUUCUCUUCUAUGUAUCAAGUGCUUCAGAGAUACUGAUCGAUCACUGCGUUCUUCUUGUGUUGACCUGGAAACUGCAUACACGGAACAUCUCCAAAAGGUUGAAGACAUGAUAGAUUCAAUUGAUGACCUCCAGAGGGUGCUCCAUGAUUCAAUUCUACUCUACCAAGCUCUGCUAUUGGACGUAAAGAAAAAUGCUGAAAAGGAGAGGGCAGCAAUCGAUGCUCUGUAUAAUGAUGUCAUCGACAGGCUGACCAAAAAGAAACUUGAUCUACUUAGGGCUGUUGAUGAAGAGUUAGAAUCAAAAGAAAAACAUUUUGAAGAGUACCUACCUAAGUUGGCUGCAUUUCUUCCGACAAUUGAGAAAACAUUGCAACUGUCCUCGCAAUUUACACAAGCAACAGAUAUUUAUGAAUAUUUGCAUCAUAGUAUAUCAUUGUUCGAUCGAUUGAAUGCCAUCUUGAACAAACCUUGUCGCCUUCAACCUACCCAAGUUAGCACAAUAAAUACAGAUUUUCAUCAUGAAUUUGCAGACUGUCUUGACUGCAUCCUUAACUUACCAAGAAAAGAUUUGCCUGUUAUAAAUAUUCAGUUCCCAAAGGAAAGAUUUUUAACAGAAAGUAGGCCUGAUCUUGGCACACACAAACGGUUACAACGCCCUCAUUCAUUUUCACCACUCUCUGGGGCUGGCCCAUUUUUUGAACACUGCCAGAGCUUCGAGUCCAACCACAAGUUAUUAAAAGGUCGGAUCUUUCGUCUGAAAAAGGAACUAGAGACCUUACACCGUGAUGGAACUUACCACCGCACACUUGUGCAAGAUGAGCGUGUGGCAAACUUGAGGGAUGAGUGUGACCAGGUGACUUGCAAACUUGCCUCGCAAAUAGAAAACCAAGAAUCACUGAAACCAAAAUUUGAUGAGCUAUGGCAUCAGGAACUUGAGAGGAUUGCACAAGAGCAGGACAUAUACCAGAACCAAUCAGAUGAACUGUAUUUUCUCAAGCAGGACAGUGAUCAUGUGUUGUCUAUUAUCCAGUCAAUUGCUCCGUGCAUCUCAGCUAUCAAUGACAUCUCCAUCUUUCUAGACCCAAGGAGGGCUGGCUAUCCAACACAGACUCCUAAUGAACCACAAUCUACCUCAUUUUACAAUGAAAAAUCUGAAGAGAGAAUUCCAAUAUUGGACACCAAGGAAACAUCAAAUAGUUGUACAAAUGAAGAAUUGUUAGCAGUAACACAUCCAGAGACAAUUCACUUAAAAAGUAUACCAGUAACACUGAAAAAUGAGACAACUCAAACACAGGAAUCUAUAACUCAGACACAUGACAACAUACCAAAUGAAACACAAAAAGGAAACACAAAUACGGGACACAAAGGACUUUCAAGUAGAAGAGUGAACAGCAAAACACAUACAGGAUGUACACAAAUUCAAGACAACAAAAACAUACAUACACCACAAAGAAGCAAUACAGAUACAGGACACAUAAGCAACUCAAACAGGGGACACAGCAGCAGUAACACACAUAUAUGACACACUGAUAACUGAGGGCACAUAGAAACAUAGGUGGAGAAUACUGCAUUAAACAUACCGUACAUACAGGGUGUUGACAACACCUACAAAAAACAGCACACUGCAGCAACACAGGACAAGCUGCCCACUGUUGCAGAAAUUCCAGGCAGGGAAGGAGCUGGCCUAAGGGGCACCCCGAAAGUACGAUUUGAUUGUUUAAGAUAUCAGUGGGUAAAUUUACAGCCAGGCUUAACAAUACUUAACUUUGGUGAUCCGACGAGAACCAGUGUUUUAACAUAGUACUGUAUAUAGCAUUAGUCUGCGUUGGAAACAAUAACUAGAAUGGAAAUAUACUAUAAUUAAUUUCUUGACAAUCAAGACGGAUGACAACAACAAGCAAAGCCAAUAGUUAGCUAGAGGGUGCAACUGCAUGGGUGAAGAACAGGGCACACGCCCAGGGUGCCAAACUCAAAUGUGCCUGGACAAAAUUAAGUACUGUAGGGCUUUCAAAUUCGGACAAUAUUGAUUUAAAUCUUGGAAUCAAACCACAACUAAAAUAAUCACUUUUUAUUUUCAUUUACCUUUUAAACAAUGAACAAACUGAUUAGUAGUAGCGUAAUUUUAGAAUUAUAAUUACUUUAUCAUUAUUUCUAAGCAAUCUAUAAACAAAUGCUGUUCCUGUUUAAUAAUUGCUGAUUCAAAGUGUUGAUUUUAUAACUUUUAUCUCCACUCCAUUGUUUUUUCAAGUCUGAAUUAUCUUAUCUGAAUCAAUUAACAUGUUCAUUUCGAAACUCAUAAUUACAAAUUGUUUCUUCAGAACUCAAUAAAAGUGUUCAUUUAAAAGAAAA